CGGAACCCACAAGGCCUGCGGGUGACCACCGCCGCGGUCGCCUCGGACUGCGGGUCUCUGACCGCGGCAGGCCGCGGCGGACGCGAAGCUUCUCGGUCCCUUGCAGACGCUGUCUGGCGAGAUCCCACGUGAACAGAUAUGGUCCAGAACUGUACAUGAAUUACAUUAGUUGGAGAUCGUGAGCUUUCAAUAAUGAGUGGUGCAGCUUUAGGACUUGAGAUCGUUUUUGUCUUUUUUCUGGCAUUGUUCCUCCUUCAUCGAUAUGGAGACUUUAAGAAGCAGCAUAGACUUGUAAUCAUUGGAACACUGCUUGCUUGGUAUCUCUGCUUUCUUAUUGUCUUCAUACUGCCACUGGAUGUUAGUACGACAAUAUACAACCGAUGCAGACAUGCUGCUGCCAAUUCCAGCCCUCCUGAAAAUAAUAAUGUCACGGGAGUGUAUGCACCUGUCACCCCAGCUCCGAGGCAACACCCAUGUUUCAAGCCAUGGAGUUACAUUCCGGACGGGAUCAUGCCAAUUUUCUGGAGGGUAGUUUAUUGGACAUCACAGUUCUUAACGUGGAUUCUGUUACCUUUUAUGCAGUCAUAUGCAAGAUCUGGAGGGUUUUCCAUCACUGGAAAGAUAAAAACAGCCCUGAUUGAGAAUGCAAUCUAUUAUGGCACUUACUUGCUGAUAUUUGGAGCAUUUCUAAUUUAUGUGGCUGUAAACCCACGUUUGCAUUUAGAAUGGAACCAACUUCAGACUAUUGGGAUAGCUGCUGCCAACACAUGGGGUCUGUUUCUUCUUGUGUUAUUAUUGGGUUAUGGCCUGGUAGAGAUUCCUCGGUCAUAUUGGAAUGGAGCCAAAAGAGGUUAUCUACUUAUGAAGACUUACUUUAAGGCAGCAAAACUGAUGACAGAGAAAGCAGAUGCAGAAGAGAAUUUGGAGGAUGUAAUGGAGGAGGUUCGUAAAGUAAAUGAAAGCAUUAAGUAUAACCACCCAUUGAGAAAAUGUGUUGAUACAAUACUUAAAAAGUGCCCUACAGAUUAUCAGGAAAAGAUGGGUAGAAAUAUGGAUGAUUAUGAAGAUUUUGAUGAAAAGCGUAAUACCUACCCAAGUGAAAAAAGCUUGGUAAAAUUGCAUAAACAGGUUAUUUAUUCAGUUCAAAGACACCGUCGAACUCAAGUGCAAUGGCAAAUUCUUUUGGAACAGGCAUUCUAUCUAGAAGAUGUAGCAAAAAAUGAAACUAGUGCAACUCAUCAAUUUGUUCACACCUUUCAAUCACCUGAGCCAGAAAAUCGAUUUAUCCAAUAUUUUUAUAAUCCUACAGUUGAAUGGUACUGGGAAUGCCUGUUGCGGCCAUGGUUUCACAGGAUCCUUGCUGUGGUUUUGUCCAUCUUCUCUGUGAUCGUUGUCUGGUCAGAGUGCACCUUCUUUAGCACGACUCCUGUCUUAUCUCUCUUUGCAGUCUUCAUACAGCUGGCAGAAAAAACAUACAAUUAUAUUUACAUUGAGAUUGCUUGCUUCCUUUCCAUCUUCUUCUUAAGUAUCUGUGUUUACUCUACUGUGUUCAGAAUUCGAGUAUUUAAUUACUACUACUUGGCUUCACAUCAUCAGACUGAUGCUUACAGUCUUCUUUUCAGUGGCAUGUUAUUUUGCCGUUUGACUCCCCCUUUAUGUCUUAACUUCUUGGGAUUGACCCAUAUGGAUUCAUCCAUCUCUCACCAGAAUACCCAGCCAACUGCAUAUACAUCUAUCAUGGGUUCCAUGAAAGUUUUAUCCUUUAUUGCAGAUGGAUUCUAUAUAUAUUAUCCUAUGUUGGUGGUAAUUCUCUGCAUUGCUACAUACUUUAGUUUGGGAACCCGUUGUUUGAAUCUGCUUGGUUUCCAGCAGUUCAUGGGAGAUAAUGAUAUGACAUCAGAUCUAGUUGAUGAAGGAAAAGAAUUAAUCAGACGAGAGAAAAGAAAAAGACAAAGGCAAGAGGAAGGUGAAAAUCGAAGAAGAGAAUGGAAAGAGCGAUAUGGACACAACAGAGAAGACUCCACUAGGAACAGAAAUGUUCAUCCUGACCCCAAAGAAUCAAAUUUCUCAGAUACUACCACCAACUGGUCAUCCAAGUACACCAGGGCUAAUAACAGAACUGAAAGAGACCGAAUAGAACUUCUCCAGGAUGCAGAACCUUUGGAUUUUAAUGCAGAAACAUUCACUGAUGAUUCUCUGGAACCUGAAUCAGGAAGGUAUCAGCCUGGUGGACGAUAUCUCUCUAUGUCUUCCAGCAUAAUAUUUGAAGAUAUCUAAAGUCUGAAGAAAUUCAUGGCUCAAGUGACCAAGGUCAUCACAUCAGCCUUUAUGAACAUCAUUGUGACCUACAAUUCAUCUGUACUCUCUGUGAAUAAUAAGGAUAACAAAAAUGGCAUUGAAAAUGGAUCCCAUCUUAACAAUAUUAAGUUAUUGUUUGUUAACUAGAGUAUCAUCUUUUUUGAUAGGAUUUAUUAUAUACCAUCUGAAGUGUCUGCCUUAGAAGUGUAGUUAAAUGGAAGGAUUCAGUUCAUGAUAAAGAGAACACAGUUGGUUUCAAGUUAAUUUUUUUCAGGAGAGUUAUUUUAAAGUUCAAGGAAAUCAUAAGUCAUACUAAAUACUACUAUUUUAUAACUGUAAUUUAAAUUUAUUCAACCUACAUUUCCCAAAGAAGUGAAAGUGAACUGAGACCUCAGAUAAUUACUGUAUUUAUAAAACCCAUGUCUUAAAAUAAGGCUUCCUUAUCAGACAUAACUGAAUGUAAACAACUCUUCUUCUGCUCUGUAUACAAAAUAGUGGGAUUUUGCAUGUGUAAUUAAGAUUAUUCUUCAAUUGAUAGUGUUAGUGUCUUUGGCAUGUGUAUUCUAAUUGAGUGAGGUGUUAUUUUCAUUCUUUGUGGUAACUGGAUCUUUUUAUGGUUUUCAUAUUAUUGCUUUGUAAAAGAUUUUCAUUUCAGAGAAAAAUAUUCACCUUUAGCAUUUAGCAUACUGACUUGACACUGAUCAUUCCAGCCAAGAAAAAAAUAAUAAAUAUUAAGGAUGGAUAAUAUAU